AUGAGCUUUGUUGGUGUCCAUUCGAGUCAACAUUUGGCCAACAACACAAAGACUCCUACCGCUUACGAAUUCCCCAAGAGGAAACGAUGGGCUGACUUGCUAGUGACAGAACUUGUCGACAAUAUCGUCUUCGUACUGUCACCUACCCGUACAAUAUGGUUUUGUGGUGCAGCUGUCACAGAGAUCUUGGGCUGGAAGGAAACGGAGUUGAUUGACUACGAUUUCAUGGUCCUGAUCGACGCAACCGACCAAAUACGUUUUAUUGAAGCAUUUCAGCUUGCCCUCCAGCAGAACAUCGGAUUCAACUUAACUUUGAGAUUAAACACCAACGACUCAGCACUGCGCCCCAAGAGUAUUCUUUGUGAUAUCAAAUGCAAUCCUUACAGCAUCGACGAGGAGCCAGGGAAAACGCAAUGUCUAAUAGCAAUGGCCGUUCCAUCUCCGGGGCAUAAUUCAGCGCUGUUGGACACUAUAUUUGAUUUGCAAGCAAGGCAAAGUGUCUUGCAGCGGAGAGUUGCUGAGCUUCGAGAAAUGUUGCCUCCCGAGUCUCCUACAGCGCUCCAAUCGUCUUCCCAGACAGGCUCCAUGUACGUCACGUCGUCCCUCAGCACAGUUAAGCCUCCAGAAUCGGUGCCGAACAACUACAUGUCGUCUACUUUAUUGUCCAAGUCCUUUGAUGGUGGCCCGCGUGGGUUUGGCGAGACGAUUGACUUUGCCGAUCGGUCAGUAUACGACUCGCAUCCGAUAAACGUUGAGGACCCAGAAGAUGGAUCUAAAAAGAAAAAGCUGAAAAGAGCCCAGAACUCUGAACGCUAUGUCUGCUUCACAUGUGGGAGUACUGUCUCUCCGGAAUGGAGAAAGGGACCGCAAGGCCCAAAGACGUUGUGCAAUGCGUGCGGACUACGAUGGGCGAAGCAAAUGCGGAAAGCGCCAGAAGAUGCAACGGAUAAACCACCUGCAGCCAACGUUGGAAAUACUUGA